AUGCCAUCAAAGAAAAACAAACCUAAACCUAAGAGGUUACUAAGUCGCGCAGAAGCAGAAGCAUUGGAAAAAGGUGUUUAUGCGGCACCACGGAAACCACGAAAACUAACACUACCAGACAAUCUAUCGAACAACUUAGGUGAAAGGAAAAGAAUUCGAAGACGGUCAUCACGGAAAGUUACUCAUGAAGAUCCUCCAGAAGAACCGGUCACGAAUGUGGAACCUGAUGAGAGCGACCAUAGUGAAGAGGAUGUUAACCUCGGCUUGGAACCAGAAGUAGAACUUGACGAGAGUGAUUCUAGCGAAGAUGAUAAAAUAGAUUCGGAACCAUUGCAGAGUGCAUCAUCAUCCGACGAAGACACUCCUAUAGAAGAAACGCCACGUUCCGAAGAUGAUGGAGGCGAAACACCAAUAGUUCCGCUUCAAGAUCUAGUGCAAAUGGUCGAUGAUUUAGAUAUUGGAGAUAUUAUUACAGAAGUCAAUAUGGCUCCUGCAUGGUUUCAACGAGAAAAUGACCUCGACGACAUAAGUGACGUCAUUUAUCCUUCUGGUAUCACUCCUACUCGAACACAUAAGAAUGUCGCACACUUUCGAAACGUCACCAAUCGAAAAAGUUUCUUUGGUGGAAAAACCGUUCGUAUUAAAGAAGAUACUUUGGAUACUCUUAUCACAGCACUGAGUGAGUUCGCCCGAGAAUAUGACGGUAAUCUCAGUUUCACACAAAAGGAACUCCCAUAUGAAGAUACUUAUUGCGCAGCAUGUGGCAUCGGUGAUCUCGGUAGCACCCAUCUCCUAGCAACCGACUAUAUCAGCACAGCUCGGUUCAGUUUCCAUACCGAGCUGAGCUAUGACGAUGAUUUGAAGAAAUCAGCGGCAACGAUGAAAAGCUUCGUUCUGACUUUUGUGACAUCGGUCGCUGAAGUUCUAGGACUACAAGGAAACGAGUAUAUUCGUGUAUUAUCAGUGGUUAAAGAUGAAGAAGAUGGUGGAAAAGCAAAUGUUAAUUUAGGAGUGACAACUCCUGAUAGAAAAGAAACGGAAAAACUAGCUGAAAGCUUACAGGACUACGCCACAUCAGGCUUUCGUAACCAUCCGCGACUACGUGAAGUCAGAUCCGACAACUACAGCUAUGCAUGGAAGCCACUUCUAUCGUAUCUACAAGUUAAACGUGAUGAGUUUGAUGAAAACCAUAACUUUAACUACAAUAGAUCUGGCUUGCGUCGCGAAGGAAUGCGUGGCAACCGCCCAUAUUAUGUUCCUAUGGGUUGGUAUCGUUACGCACUGGAUGUUUUCAACAAGUACUCUGAUGAAACCAAAGAUCGAUGGAUUGGCUGUCAAAAUAUUCCUGGUGAAUGGCCAAUCGCUUAUUAUGGCACGAAUGGAAACUUCAUUCACGACCUUGAAAGAAAUCAGAUAUCACUUGAUCAGGAAAGAUUUGAUCCAAUGAGAGAGGAAUCUAUUAGACAAAUGGGUGAGAAAAUGAACGAACAAGGCUUCUAUGUCUUUCCAAAGUGUAACGGUGGAGCGUAUCCAUGGCACACAAAGACGUUCGAAGUGCCCAUCACACCGAAGAAGAACAGCCGAUUUCGAGUCGUUUUUCAGUGCCGUGUUAAACCUGGUCAAUUCACAGUUCAUACAUGUCCAAUAACGAACUGCGAGAUGUGGCGCGUGGUUGAUACAGAGGCAGUGCGUCCAUAUGGUGUUUUAGUUCGCAAGAUGAAGGCAAAGAAACAUCCUGAUGAUGAGUCUGAAUCUGACGGUUGA